UGUUAGGGAGUUAUAGCAGAGAGUCACGGAUCACGAUUCACGAAGAUAAUCCAUAUACAAGCACAUGUGUAUACACCUCAUACUCUCAAUCACUUGACCUCACCUUCUCACCUACCUGACCUGUUCAGUCUGCGUAACUUGUUAUCAGUGCGAGCAGAGAUAACAGGGUUUUCUAACAAAAAUCUUGCUGGUUGUGAAAAAUUGUGUCAGGAAACUAAAACAAUUGUGCCGAUUAAAAUAUAUAAUAACAGUGGUGCAAGUCUGCAUAGAUAAGAUAAAAUAUUUUGGUUUAUACAAAGCCUUGACCCAGUUUUUAUGUAAUCAAAACACUAAUUUUCUGCUGGAGGCUAAGAGACUAUCAAUUGCAGGAUGAUCGAAAGUAUCAUCAAUGAGUGGCUGGCCGAUUGUGCUGAGCUCCCUAACGUGGAGCUCAACACCUUUGCCAAUAAUGUUGCCCAGGAUGAUGAGGUUGUCCAGGCUUUGUACCUAAUGCUGGAAGAGCGUAGCAAAUACAGUCAGUUGGUGGAGACUGUGUGCAAUCAACUGUUUGAUUUCUAUAGAUCCAGGGAGGUACAACUCCAGAGAUUUAGUUUACAAUUUUUGCCCACUCUGAUUUACAUUUAUUUGAAUGCUGUUGCUCAUGGGGACAUCAAGAACUGCCGCACGAUAGAAACAUUGUUACUUGGAGUUUAUAAUUUAGAACUGGUGGACAAAGAUGGCCAGCCCAAAGCUGUGUCAUUUCGUUUACCUUCUCUUGCAAUGAUGUCCAUUUAUCAUGAACCAUCUAGUUUAGCACCAGCAUCACUAACGGAAAGUGCAGUGCGGCGUUUUGAAGAAUGCAAUACAAAGCUUGUCAGUUGGGGUCCUUUGAAACACGUUGAAUCGUUAAAUGCUCAGAACAGGCUGAAAGUAAUGACAGCAUUGUUGUUUGUUUUUAAUCAACACAUAGGGUUUUUGAAAAAAUCAGCUAUGGAGCCAUUUUGUAAAGUUGCCUCCAAACUUGUUACACAAGGCUUCAUGAAACCGGGACAUCACCAACGAACUUCUUAUGGUAGUGAUUCCAGUUUUGUCCCUAGGCUUUUACCACGAAUACCAGUAUCCAGUCAAUUUCUUCUCGAGUUCCUCCAUGCAAUUUAUUUCGCCAUGUACAAUAAUUGUUGGUACAUUGCAAGUCAAGCUGUUGAAGAUAUUCACAAUAGGGCAUGUUACGAAACAUAUCCAGAAGUUAUGCUAGUCACAAAUGCCAUACGUAAUUCUAGUAGCUCAGGUCCAGCAGGACAACCUUCAGAUGGACCUAUAGGCCUUAGUUUCACGUCAUUGACCUCUACUGCAACAAUACUGAAAUCUAUGAUCACAAAUGCCUCGUUUCGCACCAAAAAAUUACCGGAUGAUAUACCAAUUCAACAAGAACAACAACAGCAACAACAACCAAAUGAGAAAAUUAGUAAAGCAGAGAAACAUGCAAAAGCAGAAUAAAAUGAUUUCCAUUAUUCAGGUAAAAUUUAUAUUGAGAUGAUUUUUUAAUUUAUGUAUUCAAACUGUUGAUCCAAGAGAAUUGCGGCUCGCAAACAAAUUAAAAAA